AUGCAAGUAGUUGCUGGCGUCUGUGAUGAUAGCGAUAACUGCCCAGAACCCUGGUUAGAACAUCAUAAAUAUUGCUACGCUAAGUUUGAUAUCAUAUUGGACCAACAAAAUUCCUUGGAUUACUGUGCUGUAUAUGGCGGUGAUUUGGUUUCUUUUGGAGGUCAAGGCGAGCAUAAUUUUGUCAAGGCAAAUUAUGGUGGGGAAUAUCACUAUUGGAUUGGCCUGAGACGAGUAGAAGACAAUUUUGUAUGGAGUGAUGAAACGCUACUUGGCUACACCAACUGGAGUGAUAUUUGGAAUGAAAGUAACGCGAACUGUGUUGCAUUAACUCCUUCAUUUGAUUGGCGUACACAAGAAUGUAGCACUCCUCAUCGGUUCAUUUGCGAGGUGCCAGAGAAAGAUAUCAUUGUACCACUGAUUGAAGGCGAAGCGACCGUGAAACCCCGGGAUGAACUUUGUACUAACACGCUUCGAUUCGACAAAGACUGUGUUUCGAUGGAAAUGAUGAAAAUAUAUAACCACUUUCAUGACCACUCUUCACAUUCUAUAUCGGAUGUAUUGCUCUACUUCAAUGACCUACAAGUGGUGGCAGCAAAUAAUAUCACAUUGUCCGAUCUUGUAACUGCCACCGAUAUAGUACUUGCAAUAUUGGAAAUUGACCUUGACAGUCUGAGCCCUUUGACCAUGGAAGAGUUUAACUCAGUGGCUGAGGCGUGUUUACAGACCGUCAGUCAGCUAUUGAGUGACACCAGUUCAGCGCAGUGGGCCUUGGUGCAAGAAGAAAAUCAGGUAACUGAUUUAAGAACAUCAACUGUACAGCAUAACGCCACUGGUAAACUAAUAUCAGGAGAUGAUUCAAUCGUGUGGAAGAAUAAUAACACCUUGUACCGUUUAUUAAGAUGUUUUGAGAAAUUUACUUUGGAAGUGACGAACUAUUUGAUAAACACCAACGAAUCGUCUUUCAUCACAACCACGGAUAAUUUAGAUGUAGAGAUUAAUAUACAGGAUACGAAUACAGCCAACACGGUAACCAUUGGAUCUGCUACGUCAAGUGCAACCUUUCCAGCGGAACUACUACGCACAUCACAAUCGGACAAGAUUGGAGUUGUAAUCACGUUGUUUCGUUCACUAAAUCAAAUUCUACCAGACCAAAUGACAUUAUCAGCGUCAUAUGCAAAGCUCGGAAGUGACGUCAUUUCCGUUUCCCAGUACCCUAGCCUUCCUACGCCAUUUGCUGCUCCGGUCAUUUUGAAUAUCACUUUGAGUAAGUUCAGUGCAAGACAUCGACAAGCAUUGGAACUCAUUACUGUGAUUGGUUGUUCCAUAUCUUUAGUUUGUCUUUUAUGUACGUUCGGAUCGUUGAUAUAUUUCAGAUUACAUUCCGAACGAAUCAUCAUUCUACACAACCUUGUUCUAAUGCUGGCGUUUGCGCAGCUUAUGUUCCUGGUAUCAGGCCUGAUUACUCACGACACGAAAGUCUGUGCCGGGAUAGCGAUUUGUUUACAUUAUCUUUUUCUGGCUGCUUUCUUUUGGAUGUUGGUUCAAGGAAUACAACUCUAUCUUAAAGUCAGUUCUGUAUUUGCACCAUCCAACAGCGUCCUGCCCUACUAUUUCCUACUAGGAUACGGGACGCCUGCUGUUAUUGUAGGAAUAACUGUAGCAACAAAACACGCUCAUUACGGUAAUGAGUUAAUUUGCUGGUUGUCAACGGAAGACGGCGUUGUUUAUGCUUUUGUUGGACCAGUCAUCUGCAUUAUUAUCAUUAACUUAGUUGUUCUUAUAUUGGUACUGCGAGCAUUCAUGGGUGUAAAAGUCAAUGAAGCAAAAACGGAGAAGGAACGAUUAAGGUCUGGCGUACGUGCAUGUAUGAUUCUACUUCCAAUACUUGGACUCACGUGGAUAUUUGGUAUCUUGGCCUUUAAUAAGGAGACGUUGUUUUUUGCAUACCUAUUUGCACUACUGAAUUCUUCCCAGGGUGUCUUCAUCUUUAUACUACACUGUGCUUGUAAUGAUGAGGUCAAAUCAAUGUACAAGAAAAGAUUCAAAUCAAAGAUAUCAACAUCAGCGCAUGCGUGGGCCGCAAACAAUAAAUCCAAGUCUAAAUCCACUAGUACAACGACAACGGCUAGCGAGGGUGUCAGCGUGUCAUUAAACACGUAUAUAAAGAAAAGUGUCGGAAAGCAAGAAGACACCUCGGCAUAG